UUUUACAUAUUAAAUAAUUGUUGAUACCAAAUUUAAAUGUAUUUACUUGAAAUACAAAUUGUUAGAAUUUCUAUAAUUUUUUAUAACAAGAAUUAAAAGAGAAUAACAAUAGAAAACUAGAUAUCAAAUUUUGGUUGUAAAUUAUAGCCACUGUUAUUACCAAACUUGCAUAUUACAUUGAAAGUUAUAAUGUGAUCAUUAUGGUACAAUUUCAAUGCUUUGAGAUUCAAACCUUUUUUUCUCGAUUCAUUUGAACGAUAAAAAUUAACUAUUAUUUUAUGGGAAAGCAUACAUACUUUAAACACAUUUAAAAAUUUUAAACAUGAGUGAUCAGUUACAAACUUCUAAUAAUUUGCAGGAAAGUGCAGUGUCUAAUUCACAAGCAAGUUCUAGCUGCAGCAUUAAAAGAAAAUGUUAUAAAUUAUUUUUCAGCUGUUUUAAAAAUACAUAUAAAGGAAAAUCUAAAGAAGGCACUACAAAUUAUAAUUCUAACAAUUAUGAUUAUAUUGUUGAAAAACUUGUUAUUAAACGUGUGCCUUUUAUCUUUUCUGGAAUACUUACAAAUGCAUCAGAAAUUAGAAAUGAUAAUUUUAUUAAAGAUGUGGAGAAACCAUUAAUAAAAAUGAAUACUUCAGAAACUCAAUCAAUAUUAUAUUGUUCUGAAGAUUUAAAUGAAAAUACAAUACCUGUAGCAAUUGUUAAUAAAUCUAUGAAGGUUGAUUCAAAUACAGUUAUAUCAAAUGAAAUAAACAACAAACUUACAUUAUCUACUAAUUACGAUGCUAGGAUAAUCGAACUAAUAAAUACUUUGACUAGUUUACAUCCAGACUUGAAAGAAUGCGAAAAAUGGAUUAAAGAUCCUUGUUGUUCAAACAUACAUACACCUAAAAGUAUUUUGGCUAGAAAUACUGAACAAAUUACUCCAAUUAACAAUAAAGGUCAGAAACAAAAAAUGAUUAAACCUGAAACUUGUGUUCCAGAAGUUGUUUUAACAAAAAAAGAAUUUGGAGAUGCAAAAUCUAUAAUUAAAUCAAAAAAUAAGCAGAAAAUUUAUUAUUCAAGACAACAUACAUAUCUCAAUGAAUUUCAAGGCAAUGAUAAAGAACCAUUUAUUCAAUCCGAUCAAGGUAUAUUUCAUAGCCUUAAAAGUUUAACAAAGUUUAUUGACCCAAAUCAAUUGAAUAGAGAAAAUUCUAAUCAAAAGCUUAAACAAAUUAAAAAUAAUUCCCAACAUAAUCAACUUGCUUUGAAAAAUGAAUCUAAAGUACUAGGUGAAAGUAUCAUAAAUAAUAAUAAUACAUUAGAUACAGCAUUAAGAUGGAAAAUUACUGUAAAGCAUUUUAAAUCCCAAUAAUAUUGUUAUAAUAAUUCUCAAGA